AUGGCAGCGACCGCUGCACUGCUGCCUACCCUGGCUCGGUCCAGCAAUGGUGCUGCAGACCCAGAGGAUAGCAACAUUUCGAGCCCUUUGAGCGACGUCGAUGAUAAAGACACAAACGACGAGGAUUUAGACAUACAUAUUGGGCAUCAUCAGGAUGACGACAUUUCGAAUCAAAGUAUCGACGAUCCCCACGACCCAAAUCGCGCUGCUUCAGACUCCGACAGUGCUCUCUCAGACGCUCGGUCGGUAGCUCACAGCGACGCGAAUGACACAGAGGCUGAAACCGAGAGGCUCUAUGAUACGCCGCGGCACCAGCGACUGCGUGACGUGACAGUGGAUAAUUUCAAUGAUGACCAGAUGCUCGAACGCACACCUAGUAAGCUGCGUAGGGCAGCACUGAUCGACGAAGAUGACGAUCAAGCCGAUAACGAGUCACUUCCUGGAAAUGUAGCUAUGAGUAUUUCAGGUCAUAGUGAUGACAUUGAAUCACCCAGCAAGCCGCCUCCGUUGGAGAAUGCAGAUGCCGACACUGAGGCGCAUCAAGCCUCGAAAGAACGAAAACGAAAACGCUCGCCUGCAGCCGACACACCAGACUCAGAACAACCUACGAGGAAGAGGACAGGCUCUGUUGGAGCUGUUCCGCAUGAGGAAAAUCAAGACCUGGGCGCACUUGGCGAUGAGGGCACACCCUUAAACAACAUCUCGAGCGGAGCCCAGUCAGUGGGCGACGAGGAGGCGGUUUCUCCCGAAAAGCUUGAUUCUAGUCACGAGGAACCAAACCAAGAACGCGAAACGCGCGGAAAGAAGAAGUCCAAACGGAACGGUGUCAAACAGAAAGCUCCCAUCGUCGACGACAGCGACACAGUGGCCACCAUUGAGGGCCACGAUGGCACCGAAGAUGAGCCCGCGCAUCACGAUGAAGUUAACGAGGCCGAAGCUGAUGAGGAAACCGAUAUUGCAGCAAAGAAUGCUGAAGAAUUGGAACGAAAGCAGGCAGCGUUUAAGGAUUGGACUCGCAUAGAAGACAUGUUCGGUGUAUUUAGAGACAGGCUUUACAAAGACCGCCUACAACGACUUGAAGAAGAGGAGCAAUCACUCCUCGCGGAUGAACCAACACAUCCUGAAUAUCUCAACAUGAAGCGCUGCCUCGACGAUCGACUGAAUCGAAAGUUGGAAGAAAUCAACAAAGAGCAUGAGCUUCGAAUGAGAGCACACGAAAGACGAUCUGUGGCUAUUCGAUCUCAAGCCUGGAGUCAGUUCUUCCAGAGCAUCCGUGAGACUCGAGAGCGAACCCUUGAAUCCUUGAAUAAAGAUUGGUAUGAUGUGCAAACCACGAGACGAAGCGCCCAUAGCUUGCCAGAGUGCAGCAUUGUGUUCCCCAAAGACCCAGCGCAACGCGUAAAGAACGCAGUUGCCUAUAACAAGGAAGUUGCCACUUUAGCAGGGAUUGCCAAAUAUGAAGGUUUCCCCGCAGGCCCUGAGAUUAAAGGAGCAUCAGAAUCGGAAUUGGCUCACGAUUUAGCCGCGAUGGAUGGCCAACGUGGAAGACAAAAGCAGCCUUUCCAGCCACCGAGGGAGGAGUACCAAGCGUCAACAUUCAAUCGCCUCGGCCCAGCUGGAGAGCAGUUCCUAAAAGACACACCAUGGGCGAAUCCCAACCAUUCUUCUCAUAAGACACUAUUACCACCAACAUCCACACAGAUGGAUGGUAGGGCAGAGCAGGCUCUACUAGCUGGAAGAGCACAGCCUCUUCCAAGCGCUCAGAUGCCGCCAGUCGAAGUUGAAACGCCACUGUCAACCCAAAGGAUUCCAGCUCUCUCGGUAUCACCAGAAGUCACUCGGGCAUCCUUGAAACCCGGUGGCCCAUCUAAGAAGGCAAGCAACAUGCCAAGCUUGGCGCGAACCUCGAAGACAGCCGCCGCAUAG